UUUCAAACCCCCAACGAACGGUUCGUGCGCGCUGCUCCGCUGCGAGUUUCUUGUACCUCCGUACUCCGCAAAAACAACAACAAGACCUGGCCAACAAAACGAAACGAAAUCUGCGGGCCUUUCGCAUCCAACCUUUUUGAAUCGAAUCCGAAUCGACGAACGGGGCAGAAGAGGGAGAGGAAGAGGCAGAAGACGAAGGAGCAGGAGAGGAGUUCUGCGGAGAGAACGUUGAGAUUUGAAUUUUUGAUCCCCCCCCUCCCCGUCCCAAAGAAAUACGGAGUGAGAAAGAGCAAUCAAACGAAGGAUUAAACAAAAAUAAAGCCAAAAUCGAAUCGAAGGAAGAUUCGAUCUUCACACACCACAACACACACCACACCACACACACACACACAAAAUGUUCACCGAAAAGGGAAUUUUUCCCAUUGGCGACGGACUUUUGGACGUGGACGCCGAUCGGCUGAAGGGACUCCUCGUGUCGUGUCACGACAUCAACGAGAUCUACGAGGUGGAACAGACGCCGUUUGCCAGGGGCAAAUUCGCCGCCGUUCGACGCGCCAUCCACAAGAACACGGGCUCGCACUUUGCGGCGAAGUUCCUGAAGAGGAGGCGCCGGGCGCAGAGCAGCGACAAGGAGAUCAAGCACGAGAUCGCGGUGCUGAUGCUCUGCGAGGGCGAGGACAACAUCGUCAACCUCAAUGCCGUCCACGAGACGCGCUCGGACACAGCACUCCUGCUGGAGCUGGCCACUGGUGGCGAGCUGCAGACAAUCCUGGACAACGAGGAGUGCCUGACGGAGGCGCAGGCCCGCCACUGCAUGAGGGAGGUGCUCAAGGCGCUGAAGUUCCUGCACGACCGCUCCAUUGCCCAUUUGGACCUCAAGCCGCAGAACAUCCUGCUCGCCGGCGAGCGCAUAGAAGAUGGAUUGAAACUAUGCGACUUUGGGAUCUCGCGGGUGGUGUGCGAGGGCAUCAACGUGCGGGAAAUGGCUGGCACACCCGACUACGUGGCCCCCGAGGUGCUGCAGUACGAGCCGCUGUCCCUGCUGACGGACAUCUGGUCGGUGGGCGUGCUCACCUACGUCCUCCUCUCCGGAUUCUCGCCCUUCGGCGGCGACACCAAGCAGGAGACCUUCCUCAACAUCUCACAGUGCGCCCUCACCUUCCCGGACAACCUCUUCGGCGGCGUCUCGCCGGUGGCCAUCGACUUCAUCCGUCGCGCAUUGCGAAUUAAGCCAAACGAUCGCAUGAGUGCCGCCGGCUGCUUGGAGCACAUUUGGCUGAAGGACGACUGCUCCCUGGACAGACAGAUCUAUCUGCAGCCGCAGAGCGAUGCCGAGGAGGAAGAGGAGGAGGAUGACGACGAGGAGGAGGAGGAGGUGGAUGAAGAGGAGCCCGUCGAGGAGGAGGAGGAGGAGGCGGCGGCGGCGGAGGAGCAGGCCGUGGAGGAGCCAGCGGCAGAAGCAACCCAACAGCAGCAGCUAAAACAGCUGGCCAAAUCCGUCAGCAUCCACAGCAAACCGACGCACAAUGGCCACCAUCGGGCGAACAGCAGCGGCAGCAUCUCCAAGAUACCCAUCGCCACCAGCAAGCUGCUACUCCAGAGCAGUCCCACCAGCUGCGAGACCACCACGGCCAUUCACACGCUGACCAGUAAUGGAAACAGUAAUGGAUACGUUGUUCACAAGCCCACGCAGAUUGUGACGCCGACGCGAAGGGCCUCGGAUUCGGACAAGGAGAACACAUACACGGCCACGUUUGUGAAGAAGCCCGUCCAAGCCAGCAUUCAACUGGGCGAGGAGGCCACAACAGUGGUGGCCACGCUCACUUUGUUCCCCGAUGCACCCACCACGCCCAAGGUGAUCAGGAAGACGCCGACGGGCGAAACGAAUGGCUCGGCCACCUCGGUGAAGGCGCUGGUCAAGAAAUUUCAGCUGGAGGAGACGAGCGGCGGACCGGUGGCUCGUAGCUCGCCAACCACAACGACGACAACGACGAGGAUGAACAGCAAUCGUCGGGCAUCGGAGCCGCUGACGACGGUCUACAAGAAGCAGAUAUCGAGUCCGAUUUCGAGUCAAAGUCCAAGUCCCAGUCCAGGCAGCAGUCCCACAACCCAAAGCACCGCCACUCUGUUGAUCCACAGCCAGCGAUUGGCCAGCAAUGGAGCAGGAACAGCCACAGCCACCUCCUCCAGCAGCGGGAGCAACUCAGGGAAGACAAAUGCCCACCAUCUGCACCACCAUCACAUGCACCACCAUCACCAUCAUCACCACCAUCAUGUGGUGAUUGCGGCCAAGAAUGCCGCCGCCGUGGCCGCCACCAACAACUUGAGCUUGGAUCAGGGUAUCAUCUGUUAGCUAAGGGCCAGCCGGGUCAGCCGGGCUAGCCGCAAUGCCAAAAGUUUCUUUCAUCGCUUUCUGUGCUGCAUGUAACCACCAGCUGCCAUGGCUGCCGAGCAAUCACCUAGCUGCAGGAUCACUAGCGAUUUGAGGAGCUAUGGCUAUGGAAAUGGAAUUGGAUCAUAUAGAUGGAGUAAUGGCAUCGCAAAUGGGAUUUGGAACUGGAAUUGGUGCUGCAGCGGUAGAUGGAGAUGGUUGUCGAAAUGGAAACGCAAGUGGAGAGGAGGGAAUCAUCAUCAGCCAGACGACGACGAGGAUGAUGAUGCAUUGAUUUUGAUUUGAGCUUAGUUUAGUUAAUGUUAGGAGUCCCAUGCGGUUGCCAAUCGAAUGUUUUUUUUUAUUUCUGUGGAUUAUAACUACCCAAAAAGAUCUGAUUCUCGAGGGCAACCGUUUCAGCAUCCCCCAAACACACACUAGAAAAACGAAAAACAACUUAGCUAAAGUCACGAGAAGAAGGGAAAAUUAAGCAAAACGAAAGAGAUGAAAGAUGAGAGAUGCGAGGAUCGAACACAGUUAGUAGAGUAGGAAAGUAAGCUGAUUUCAAAGGAAUUUUUGGUAGACAUAUCAUCCAUGUUUGUUAUGCGUUUAGAGGAAAACACAAAAAAAAAGAAUAUAAGGAAGAAAAGUUCGAGACGAGAAAGCGGGAAAUAGAGAGUUCAUUGUUUCAACGAAUAUAUAAUGUCAAUUUUACGGCCCACAAGGCAGACAAGUAAGCCCUUUGGCCUAGCAUAAAUUAUACAAACUAUAUACAUUAUCUAUAUACAACAUAUGCAUUAAACAUAUAGACUUUACACAGCAUAUAUAUGUACCAAAAAAUAGGGAAGAGUUGAAAGUUGAGAGAGAGAGCAGCCCGCCAUUGGUGUUAUUGGUUAUGAUGUAGUAGAGAGCGUUUGUUAAUCGGCCAAUCAGUGCAUCAAUCAGAUGAUUAUCAAUCAUAUAGCGUACAGUGUUAUUCGCCUAGAGGAUGAGGAUCAGAUGGGAGGAUAAAGAAGAUGAUGCGGAGAAUUUAGAGAAUGUUACAAGCCAAGCAAAAUUGUUAAUCGUGUGUCUCUAUGUGUGUGUUCAAUCGUUCAAUCGUUCAAAUCGUUGCAUAAAUGUUGCCUAGAAUACAUAACAUUACUUAGAAGAAACUCACGUAGGUCCCAUAUAUCCAUCUACCAUAUCCAAGAUCCCAAUCCAGAUCCAUUUCCAGGUCCCAGCUUCCCCAGUUCUCCUCGUUUUAAGUCGGUUUUUGUAUAUAUUUCCAGCAAGCGGAAUGCAGAAUGCAAAGUGCAGCCAGCAGCGCGUAUAAUUAAAUGUAAUUCUUUUUUUUUCGAUAAUAUCAUAUCUUAAAGCUUGAUAUACGAGACAGUUGUAUUUAUUAGGCAAAACGUUCGAUGGAGGUUCAGUUAAUUGUUAAAGAAAAAUGCUUAAUUUAUCGUAAUCGAUUACCCUUUUCUUUUAUAUUUAAUACUUGCGUGUACUUCUCUUAAUUACUAUGAUUUUUUUUUUAAUACACCUAAACCACUUAUUUGUGUUUACUGUAUGAUGUACAUUAGUAGUUAAAGGCGAGAGGGCUUUUCGGCCACCAACAUAUAAUAAAAAAAAAAGCUGCGCCAGAUGGAACGAUAAGUGUGUUUUAAUUAUUAGUAAUUUCAAUUGAUUUUUUGUGUUUAGAGAAUCUAUUUCUAUGAGAGGAGACAAACAAAGAUGCAAAUUCUAUUAUAUAUUAUAUUAUAUAUAGUAAUUAUUUUAUAGAUAACUAAUUUAAAAUAUAUUCAAUAAAAACCAUAAAAAUUAUAAAA